UUGUGAUAAGUUUCAAUUUCAUGUUGGGUUGCAAAUAAGCCGCCAAAGUUAAACUUAAUCUUUGUUUUGUAAUGAAUUUGAUAUAAAAUGUCCAAAAGAUUUUAUCCACAAUCGCAUGGGGAACGCAAAAAAGCAAAGCUUGACAUAAGUAUAUCAGAUCACAACUUCCCAUUGAGUCAAAACAAUGAAUUCAAUCAAGUUACCAACAAUGAUGACAACUGGGGAGAUGACAAUGAUGACGAGAUCCUGCUGCUCGCUAGUCAGGCGUGCGAGCAAGCUUACAACAGCAAUGACAUCAGCCAGUUGCCAGACUACAGUAUGUGUAUGCAGCCUGGCUCAACAAGUACACAACUUAGUUUACACCCCACCCCAAGUACAUCUAAAAGCGAAUUCACGUUUAAAAAGCCAUCGUUCAACCAACCCACUGCUAUAUCAACCCACCUAAAAGAAAAAUGCCACAGAAUAUCUUCACCAUUACCUGGUAUCUCAUCAAAAGUUAUACCAAAGACAAAUGGACAAGUAGACAUGUCUGAUGAAUUAAUAUUUAGUGACAAAGUUUUCAAGAGUAAUGAUUCUGAUCAAGUGUACCGGCAACUACUGCAGAUGCAGGAAGAGAAUGCUAAACUAAAAUCUGAGAAUGGAAAGUUGUUGGAGAAAUGUGUGACAAAGGAAGGGGAGGCUUCUAUCCUGCGGACACAGCUAAAGAGUUGCCAGGCAGCUGUAGACAAUGCCAGGUUGGAGAAGAUCAAGGCUCAAGAGAAAGUACAGAUGGAAUGGAAUGAGAAACUCACAGCAGCUAAUAAACAAAUGCAUGAUUUGAGGACACAGUUAGAUUUUAAGAAUCUCGAAAUAAUAAGUGUAAAGGAGAAGUGCAAGAAACUGGAAUCAUCAAAAGUGAGACUGACUCAAGUUACUGUCAGUGGAAAUGAUAUAUCCCAAAGGCACUACAGUAACUUAACACAGAAUGAUAUGCUUGUGCAUCAUACCAAGAAAGUAAAAACCGCAUCCAAUGCUGUGCAGACUGAGGGAAAUGCUCACAUGCUGAAACUGAAUAAGACAUGUAAAUUAGAAUCCAAAAUGCAUACUUCAAUUCUUCCAUACAUAUUAGAACCUUCUACAACGCAGCAUCAUUCCAUUUUGGACUAUAACGAGAAACUCCAGAAGGCUACAGACCUGUCUCAGAAUAAGUGUAGGAUAUACAGUACAUUCCAUCGACUGCCUUCCACUCCUGUACUCAAGGAAACAGAGAAGACUAAGGUGGUGAUGAACAGCAUCUAUGAAGAUGUUGCUUGCGUGUUCACUGGGGAUGUUCAGAGUUUUGAAGAUAGAUACUUUAAUAUCUUCAGUUCAGUGAAAUCCGUCCUGUAUGAGACGCGCAGCCGUCUGGAGACUGUCUGCCAGCGCGUCACCACUGCUUUUCAGAAGGAAAUGGAUGAGAAAUACAUGGAGGUCACUGCCACAUACCAGUAUGUUGACAGGGAAGAGCUGUUGAGAGGCAGUCCACUCUUUAAAGAGGAGCAAGAGAUUCAGUCGAGAAGAAUAGUAGCCCUACUAUCAUAUGUUCUGGAAACUUCUGCGGGAGUGCACUGGUUCUUCAAACAUGAACGGUUGAGAGGUGAGACUGCAGAGAAGACAGGACAGUUUGUGGACAUUAUCUAUAGGAUAUGUUUGCUACUUGAUAAUGCUUCAUGUGCAACUCUAUACAGCGGGCUUCUAUUAGCAAUAACCAAUGUCUUACAAAUUCUAAUAUCGUCUGAUAUCAGCAAGACUAAAGUUUUGGAGAUUAUAAAGAUUAUACUGACAUCCAGACCACUUCCCUUUGUGGUGACCCAUGUACUAAGUUUAUUAAACACGGUGGCCUUAUGGGACGAUUUUAUGAAGACUUUCUGUCCUGGCAAUGGUACGGGGAAUUUGAAGACAGAUUAUGAUCAGGGUGUCCUGUUGUAUAAGAAAGACUCGUGUUUCAUCCAAGUGCUUCUAAAACAAAUAGAGAUGUGUCUCAAGUGUAUGGAGAGACAGAGACUGGCUGACAGGGUAGUGGAGACCACACAGAACCUGAUAAUACUGUAUAGUAAUGUUAGUGAUAAUACCAAUUGCAGCUUGCCAAGAGAGAAUUCUAGAUGCGACUGCCAGCUCGUCCUUAUACAAGUGAUAGUGUACUCUCUACGAAUAUGCGCUGUGAUGCUACAUAGCUUUAGAAAUAACUCUAUAGAAGAUAGCAGUGAGGAGCUAGUUUCUGUGUGUCGGUGUGGUAUACAGCUAUUGUACCAGUGCGCGGUCAGGGACGUGGAGUUCAGUGCUCAGCUCGCGCACAACGAGGGUCAUCUCAUCGAGUUCUGUGAACUCAUGAGAGGAGUCGACCAUAGUGAGGCAUACACAAAUAUGCUGUCAGAGCUCGCCAGUACCCUCCAGUCGACACCAGAAGAUAUGCCGCCAUCAUUCCAUAGACAACCAUGGCUGAAAAGCUUCGAAUCUUUCUCAUUGGUCGACUAACUUUAUUAUAAGUGAUUUCUUACGUCAAGUAAAAAUUAUAUUUUUAUAAUAAAAAAAA